GAUGGAUUUUGGGAUACAAGAGUGGGUUAAGAAAUUUCACUAUUUCAUAGGAGUAAGUUAUUCCUAGAUUAUGUGGGAUAAAUAAGUUAGGAGGAGAAAAAUAAAGUAUUUAUGAUGUAUCGUUUUUUCUGAAAUGCCAAUUCUGCUCUUGCAAAUUUUUCUAUACGCUCAAAUGAUUAUUUGACCGAAAAGAGAUGGAAUAAGCGGGUUAAAUAACUUUUAUUCCUCCAUAUUUUGCUUCCAAACGAGCAUCCUACUUUGUCCAUCUGGUAAAACUUCUGGAUCCGGAUUCCACCUUACUACAUUCAUGAUAAAAUUUAACUCCAAUAUACGAUACCAAUACUAGUUCUGAGAAAGAAGCCAAGUCAAAGAAGCAAACAUGGCAAAGAGUCUCGUGUGCGAUACAGUAGUCCCCUGCUUGUACUUCACAGCCGCCUUCAAGCCCAUGACCUCCCCCACAGACCACAUUAGAUAUCGACACCACCCUCCUCACAUCCACCUCUAUAUAACGUCCCUCCGUUCUGUCACUCUUUUUCACUCUUGUAGUAUUUAUAGAUACAAAAACAUUAGAGAAGAAGCUAUUAACAAUGGUGGCGGCGUCUCUAAGCUCCGUGCAUGGCGAUCACUUUAGGUCACUUGCCAUCCCAGUCAUCGACCUCUCCUGUCAUCGGGCCCUCGUGUCCGAGCUCAUCGUGAGGGCCUGCGAGGAGUUCGGUUUCUUUAGAGUGAUCAGCCAUGGAGUGCCUCACGACGUCGUCUCGCAGAUGGAGGCCGCUGCAUCAGAAUUCUUCUCGCUACCCGUUGCCGAGAAGCAACGAGCCGGUCCUCCGAAUCCUCUUGGAUAUGGGAGCAAGGCCAUCGGACGGAAUGGAGACUUCGGGGAGGUGGAGUACCUCCUCCUCCACACCAACCCUUCCUCCAUCUCCCAACAAGCUGGUAUGAUAUCAAGGAAGAGUCCAACCGAUUUCAGCUGUGUGGUGAAUGAGUACGUAGAGACUAUGCAAAAGCUGGCAUGCAAGAUACUGGAGCUACUGGCAGAAGGGCUGGGGCUUGGAGACUGUGGGGUAUUUAGCAGGCUGAUAAGAGAGCGAGAGAAUGACUCGUUGCUAAGGCUGAAUCACUACCCGCCAUGCCAUAACAAGGAGGACAUGAUGAGUGAUAGGAUUGGAUUUGGCGAGCACUCAGACCCUCAGAUCAUCACUCUCCUCCGAUCCAACGACGUGGGAGGACUCCAGAUACUCUCUCCCUCAUCCUUGGAUGGUGCAGUUUGGGUCCCGGUGCCGCCUGACCCUAACACGUUCCAUAUCAUGGUCGGCGAUCUGCUUCAGGCUAUGACAAAUGGAAGACUGGUUAGUGUGAGACACAGGGCCAUGGUUGACUCCUACAGCUCAAGGCUCUCCAUGGCUUACUUUGGUGCGCCUCCCCUCCAUGAAUGGAUCUCCCCUCUCCCAGAGAUGAUCACACCCCAAAUGCCUCGCUGCUACAAAUCCUUUACUUGGGCUGAGUACAAGAAAGCCAUGUACUCACUUAGGCUCGGGCACAAUCGCCUUGAUCUCUUCCGUGCAGAUGCAAUAGAAGAACAUCCUGGGCUGGUAAAAUAAUAGCAGAGGUUUCCAGGAUGACAUUUUGUAUGAGACUAUGUUCUAACGAGGAGGGGGUCCGUUUUUUUGAAGUACUCCCCCAGAUUUUGUUCAUGUUCGUCUAAAUCAUCAGGGCUAUUUCGAGGAGGGAAGAGCAUGCCUUGACAGGAUUAUCUAUCAAGAUUUAGCAUGUUGUAUGUUUUCUAGACUGGGUAAACUUUUUUUCCUCCAUAUUCUGCAACAAUCAGAAUAAUUUGGUACAUGAAUCAUCAUGGUGUCGGUCAAAUUUCAAAAGUUAGGGAGAAAAGGUGUCUCGCCCAAGAUUGCAUCCUUUCCCUUCUCUAUGUAAUCAAUUUUUCCACUAUUUCAAAGAAAAGUUAGUGUAACCAGAGAUAUAGCAUAGCAUGUAGUUGUAAUUGUUGAGCAGAAGAAAGUCUAAAUGUAGGAGAUGGACAUGGUAUAUGUCUCAUAAGGGAGUUCAAAAAUGAAGCAACUAUUGAGGAAUUAUAUUGAUGUAGUUAAAUGAAAGAUGAAAAAGAAAGAUAAUGAAAAUACAGAGAGUAACAUGCACCAAAUGUGCUACCAAAAAAACUGGAUGUGACCUCUAUAUGAUUUUAACAAAUUGCCUAGCGUUUCAUAAAAAUUCAGCAUGCAGGAUAUAAGCCUGUAUCAAUCUUGUAAUUUAUAAGCUAAAACAACACAAAUGAAAUAUCCUCAAAAAACCGAGCAAAAGUGCCAAUAUAGAUGGAAUUCAGGCAUCAGGGAAGCAUAUGCUAACCAAAACAAACAUUGCUUAAAUAGUGGAUUAACAACCACUGGCCUGUUAAAAGAAAAUCAUACUAUGACCAACCGAUUUUUCAGCACUUAAACAAUAAGCAAACAGGACUCUUGCAUGCAAUCCAAAGCAUUUCCACAUGAUUUACCGAAAAAUUAUUGCAAGAAUCACCCACCUACCUCAUAAUCAAUAAUAAACUUGUGAAGCACUACUGGACAUAGGUACAGUGGAAAGAGUAUGCACCUGUGUCUUUCUUGCAAAUGGCUUGUAUCCUCUUGUUCUUGAGAGCUCUGAUGAAGAGAGAAAAUGAUGGUACCACUGCAGCAUCGGAGGGGUUUAGUGAGCUCAACCAUCGUUCUGCUCAGCGACAUGCAACAAAGAGGCAAACUGGAGCACCAAAAUGCCUACAACAGAGAGCUGCUACAUUGACAGCAGCCACAGCAACGGCAACAACAAUGAUUGGAAAUGGGUGACAACUGAAUGCUUCAUAUAGCCUUAGAGGUCUCAUGCAUGA